AUGGUACUCUCAGAGAUCGUUCGAUUUGUGCUGCCCCGAUCGCAGAGCGCGAGAAGCAGCUUUCACGACCUUCGUGCCAAACUCGACCAUGCUGGCGUAGUAAAGAACCAGUAUUUCGGAUACGUCCUUCAGAAAGAAGGGUAUCCAGUGCCAAAGCAAGAAAAUCUCAUGUGCUGGUACAUUGAAUGGCCCGAUCGAAAUCGUCGAGAAUGGAGCCCGGAAAUGACAAAGUCUCUGUCCAGUUUAGCUGGUGGCACACCGAAUACAUCUCUAUGCGAAUUUGUAGAGACCAAAGCCGGUGGGAUCCGUGAAGCCCUAGAAUCCAACGUCUGUCAAUUUGCAGUAAUAAAACUGGGCCCUUCGGCCCCCCGAAGUAGUCCAAAUCUGGAACGAUCGAUGCACAAGACCUUUACGGACUGCUAUCUAGCUGAAGGUUUUGUCAACGGUGGCUGGGGAUAUGUUUGUACUACCAACGAUGCAGAUGGCACCCCGUUGAGAGAAGAAGCCGAGAUCCUGGAGGAGAAAGAUCGACACUUAGCGUUCUAUGUUCUGGGCUGGGAUAGUUUAGAGUCGCAUCACGCUUAUUCUAGGACACAAUUGUACGACGAAGAAAUAGAUAAACUAAGUCCAUAUUUCGCACAGGGAACUGGAGCUUGGUAUGUGACCUUGCGUAGGCACGAACCAAAUCCUGUUUCUUAA